AUGAAAAAUUUACUUAUUGAUAUUUUAGCUUUUGGAACUCUUUUUUCAGGUGUAUUAGUUAUUACUUCUAAAAAUCCUGUUAUUGCUGUUAUUUUUUUAAUCUCAGUAUUUGUUAAUGCUGCAGGAUAUUUAAUACUAUUAGGAAUAGGUUUUAUUGGUAUCUCUUAUAUUAUUGUAUACGUAGGUGCUAUUGCUGUUUUAUUCCUGUUUAUUAUAAUGAUGAUUAAUAUUAAAUUAACAGAUAUAUUAGAAACUGGAUCUCAGUACACUAAAAACCUUCCUUUAGCUUUAGCUAUUGGAUCUUUAUUUAUAUAUGAAAUCUUUACUAUAAUUCCUUUCAGUUUUAAUAAUGUCUCAGCAAUCUCUGCUUUAUUAGAUUUAUUAACUAACCUAAAUGGAUUAAUAUUAAAUUCUGAAAUUUAUACAGUAGACUAUGUUAAUACUGCAUUUAGUCCUGUUAUAGCUGAUACUACAUUUACUAACUUCUUACAAAUUGAAGCUAUUGGACAAGGUCUUUAUACUUAUGGUGCUUCUUGGCUUAUUAUUACUAGUGUAGUAUUAUUACUUGCUAUGGUUUCACCUAUUUUCAUAUCCAGAAAAAAUUCAACCAAUAUUUAA